UACUCUCAUUUACCAUCAUUUCAUUUCAAAAUAACCUCAACAAAACCUUCAUAUAUAAUUUUACAUCUCUCUUACUUAAACUUCCAAACCCAAUACAACCAUCAGAUCGAAUUCAGUUUCGAUUCGAUCUGAUGGUUUGGGCGCUCUAAAAAAAUCUAAGAAGAUCAACUACAACCACAAGCACUUCAACUUCUAACCGUAUCAUCGUCAUCGUCGUCUUCGUCGAGAUGGAGAAAGUGAUGAGGUUGGCAUCUGAAAAGGGUGUGGUGAUAUUCACAAAAAGUUCAUGUUGUCUAUGUUAUGCAGUUAACAUUUUGUUUCAAGAACUUGGGAUUAGGCCUAUGGUUCAUGAAAUUGAUCAAGAUCCUGAAGGAAGGGAUAUGGAGAAAGCUUUGUUGAGGUUAGGUUGUACUGCACCUGUUCCAGCUGUGUUCAUUGGAGGGAAACUUAUGGGAUCUACCAAUGAAAUUAUGUCACUUCAUCUAAGUGGUUCACUCACUCAAUUGCUCAAACCAUAUCAAUCUCGUUCUUGAAUCAUGAUACCUUAGCUUUUAGCUUCUUGGUGGAAGAAUAAAUUUGCUUGUGAUUUAGUACAUUAGUGUGACCUUAGUAAUAGUACUAUUGUAUUGAUAGUCUAUGUAGUGUUUUUAUAUGUCUCAAGUGUUUUCUAGCAUUUCAUUAGCUAUAAUGUAAUCACAUAAAUAAUUAAAUAUAUUCUUAAUUAAUCAAGUUUGAUUUA